AUGACCACCGCGAUCCCUGCACGUCUCCUAACGUAUCGCCCGUUCAAAGAAGGUUUCGGUACCUACAUCGACCCUCCUACAAACGUACCGGUAACCGCCAAGACUGUAUCAGACUCUCUCUCUCUCUUAUCCGACCUUUUGAUAGACCGACAUCAUACAGAUGAUCAAGUCGUACAGGCCGCAGCUACCUUUGCUGCCGAUAUGAUAUCUGUCAACAUGCGUGAAGAACGCCCAACGAUCCGUGAAGACGCGUUGAUGGAACGCAUCACAGCCUUGUUGGAUGACAAGAUGACACGUAUGACCACUUUGGUGGAUAACAAAGUGUCAACUUUGAGGGUUGAAAUGCGUCAAAUCAAUGACAACUUGAUCAAACGAAUAGACACCGUGUCGAAAAAGGUCGAUACCUUGUCAAGCAAGUUGGAUACUGUGGCGGAUCAAGUACAAGAUAUCCAAGUGUUACAGAGACAACAGGUUGCUCAGCGAGCAAACAAACGUCGUCGCGCAUCCGAAAAAGAUCUCGUAGCUGUCCCUAGCCAAUUGGAUCCAAAAGCCAAAUAUCCAGUUUUGACCAGACGGGGCGCCCGAACUCUCUCUUCCCAACAAAACAUCCUCGAUCUGUCCGUCGAAGAAGUUGACAUCUGGAUGAAAUGGUAUGAUCGUCAAGGUCUUGAAACCAUGAGCGUGGAUGAGAAGAAAGAAUGGUUGUGGUUAUUUUUGAUAGGACAUGAGGAUGUUUUAUAA